UUCACCAACAAUUUAUUAGCCGUCAGCACAUGAGCACACUGAUAAGAAUAUCAAAUAUUAAAAUGGUCGAUUUUCAUUACAAGAUACUAGAAAUUAACUUCAUUAUAGGUAGGUAGUCGUCAAGAUGAAGAUUGUGAUACUGGCCUUCCUUUCUAUAGCAGGAUUUGCAGUUUCCCAAAAAACUGUUUCAAUCACUGCACCUAACUGCAAUUUUGAUAUCUCCGUCAAAGCGCCAACGUCUAAGUGCUGCUGUCCGCUCAAUGGCACUGAUCCCACCUCACCAACAACGGCACCCAAUGGAAAUAAAGCUGGAUGUCGCGAGAUAAUAACUUACGAGCCACCAACCUGUAAUAAAGCGGAACCCACGAAAUUCCCUGGAAGAGAAUGCAUCAGUUAUUAUACUUGCGUUGCAGGUUGGUUUGGAUGGGGAGUAACAUCCUCACAUACUCCAUGCCCUACUGGUCAGAUGUUUAGUUACGUACAGCAAAAUUGCAUUAAAUCACCCAAUGGUUGUUGCCCUAUUUAGGAGCAACGCACUGUCCAUUUUUUAUUACAAACCGAGAUACUCGGCCUACUUGUUUAAAUGCGGUUUGUAUUGUUAACCAACAUGUUUAUUGAAUCAAUGCUUGGAAAAUAAAAAUGUGUUUACUUUUAU